AAGGCGAUUAAUGCAUCCUUUACCUAUGUGACUAUGACUUGGGACCAGUUUCAGUACCAUUUUUUCUGCGCCUAAAAGCACAUGUUUAGUAAAUACGUAUAAUAAUGUUGAUAAACACUGAGACGUAUUUUGACACUUUUUAGACCAUAAAACUUAUUUUUGAGGGUCAGAUAUAUCUGUCUAAUAAUGUUGAUAAGCAGAUUGCUUUCCUUUGAAAGGAAACGUAAAUUAAUUCCAAGAUUUUCAACUGUGACGUGUUUCCUUAUAAAAAACAAGAGUUUCGCAAAUACAGAUAAAAGAUGUUGCAGUUAGCUAGUGUAUGUACAUGUCUCAAUGUGUAGAAAAGUAAUUAACUACUGAGAAGUGGGAAGUGCAAAGUUCCCACAAUUUGUUGCUGCUAAAUAUUUUUUAAAUGUUCGACUAAUACUGUUCAUUAUGGUUUUGGGGCUCUAUAAUUUUUAGGAGUUUACAAUUCACUAAUGGUGAGGGAAAAAAAAAGAGAUGAGUUUUAAAAAUUAAAAAACAAAAAUGUGGUAUGAUACGAUACGUUUCUCAAACAAUUGUAUUAAAAUUUGUAAACUCUCAUAUUCUAAACGAAUUGCGGAGCUCCCGAAUCCGUUCAUUAUUAGUACUAUGUUCACUCACUCUCUUUUUGAUUUAUUGAUCACGCUACCUUCUUUAGCCCUAUAAGUACCACCUCAUACACCUCCAAUCUACACAUCUGAUCUCAACACUACAUUUAAGCAAAUAUUUAUAUCAGGUUACUAGUUAGAGAUGGCUAUCUUUUCUUUCAAUGUUGUCUUUAUUCUUCUUGUUGUUAAUCUCUCAGCAGCGAUGGUGGCUGAAACAAAUGCACAAGAGAUGUGUCAUCAAACCAUUCCAGGAGACACUUGCAAUGCUGUAGAAUGUCUGGACGUGUGCGUUGCUGCUGUUGAUCCCACAUCUCAUGGAAAUUGCAUCCAAUCAUCUCCUCAUCACUACUCCUGCUUGUGUACUUGGGAGUGCUCUGCUUGAAUUUGAUCUUCACUGGGCUACUACUUCAUCCACAUUAGUGGUUAUAUACUGCUUACUGGGCUUCCUAAAUAGAUAAACUCUGUUCAGAUUACUAUACCUUCUAAUGAUUUCUAGUUUCCAAUUCACUGCCUACUUCUUCCAUAUAUUGAAAAUUAAAGCACUUUGUGUA